AAAGGCCGCCCGUUAGCAGGGAGCUCGGUCAGCAGCCGUCUUGCAGGGAGAAGACUGGCUGUUUUGUGGGUGCUUGUUUUUAUGAUGCCUCGAGAUGCAAAGGGACGAGUCGUUUAUUUAUCCAGAGCUCUGCGUUGUGCAUGUCCAUUGCAAACCAAUGCCAAACCCGUCUUCCUCUCAGGCAAAACACUUUUCCCCGAGUUUCCCACUGUGAUCAAAAACGUUUUCCCAACAUCCUCCUCUUCUGGGACGUUUGUCAGCUCCUCUCUGGCUCGUCAGUGCUCAGGAAUUCCCAAGGAAGCCACCAGCGGAGAGUCAGCCCCGGGAAGGUGGAUGAUGAGUGAGCUGGGGCUCCGCCGGCGCGGCCUGGCUGCAAUAGCGAGGAGAAGAGAGGACUGUGCUCAGGAGGGGCUGAGAAGAGGACAAGUUUUGCCACUGCAAUAUCUGCAAAGCUCCUGUAUUACUCAGCGUUCCUGGGUCCACCUCCUCUGUCCCAAGAUGCUGAGGAUAGUCCUGUGUACAGUGUUGCUCGUGGGAGCCUUGCCAUCACUGGCUGAGGUAUCUCAGGGCCACGUCUCUGUGGUCUUGCUGGGAGCCACAGGGGAUUUAGCCAAGAAGUACUUGUGGCAGGGUCUAUUCCAGCUCUACCUGGACCAAGUGAGCAGUGGCCACAGCUUCACUUUCCAUGGGGCUGCCCUGACGGCUCUGGAGCCAGGGCAGAGGCUGAUGUUCAACGUGCUGAAGAAGCUGGCCUGCCCCCCAGAUGAGUCUCCCAACAGGUGUGCUGUGCUCAAGGACCAGUUCCUGAAGCUGAGCCAAUACCACCAGCUGAAGACUGCUGAAAACUACACUAUGCUCAACAGAGAGAUUGAGAUGCUCCUUCGCCAGGAGGGGCUGAAGGAGGCCGGAAGAAUUUUCUACUUCUCAGUACCACCAUUUGCCUACACAGAGAUUGCCCGCCACAUUAACAGCAGCUGCAGGCCCCCUCCGGGAGCCUGGCUGCGUGUGGUGCUGGAGAAGCCUUUUGGCCAUGAUCUGGAGUCAGCCCAGCAGCUGGCUGCAGAGCUGACAAGCUUCUUCAAGGAAGAGGAGAUGUACCGGGUGGACCACUACCUUGGCAAACAGGCUGUAGCCCACAUCCUGCCUUUUCGAGACCAGAACCGGCGGUUUCUGGAUCCAAUUUGGAACCGGCAUCCCGUGGAAAGAGGGGAGAUUUAUCUCACCUCCUCUUUGUCCUCAGGCCGCACCAGCUUCUACGAGCAGUAUGGUGUCAUCCGGGAUGUGCUGCAGAACCACCUGACCGAGGCCCUGAUGUACCUGACCAUGGAGCUCCCAGCCAACCUGAGCUGUGCUGAAGAGGUUUUGCAGCGCAAGCUGCAGGCCUUCCAGUCCCUGCGGGGCCUGGAGAAAAACAGCGUUGUGGUGGGUCAGUAUGAGGCCUACGCCAGCCAAGUGCGGGAGGAACUGCAGAAGGCACAGGAUUACGUCAGCACAACACCAACCUUUGCAGGUGUGCUGAUUCACAGCGACAGCCUGCGUUGGGAAGGGGUCCCUUUCCUCCUCACUUCUGGGAAGGCUCUAGACGAGCGAGUAGGUUACGUCCGCGUUCUCUUCAAGAACCGGGCCUACUGCACCCAGAGCGAGACCCUGAGGGAUGCAGGGCAUAGCCAGUGUAAAGCCAAGCAGAUCAUCUUCUACAUUGGGCAUGGCACCCUCAACACUCCUGCGGUGCUUGUGAGCCGGAACCUUUUCAAGCCCAUCAUGCCAGAAGGCAGCUGGAGAGAAGCAGCGGUUCAGCCAGAGCUGCGCAUUUUUGGACAAUCACUGUCUGAUUACUAUGUGUACAACCCUGUGAAAGAGAGAGAUGCGUAUUCUGUCCUCAUCUCCAGCAUCUACCACGGCAGGAAGGAUUUCUUCAUCACCACCGAGAACCUGCUGGCAUCCUGGGAGUUCUGGACACCGCUGCUGGACAGUAUAUCCCACCAGCCGCCGCGCCUCUACCCUGGCGGCGUGGAGAACCAGCAUCUCUUAGACUUUGAAAUGGUUGGGGAGGAACUGGCAUUUGCACUGACAGAGCCGGUAGAACUGCUGCAUCCUGACAGGCCAACACCGAGCGAUUACAAAAUGAUCCAGUCCAAAUUUCGGCAGAGCCCUCUGGUCUCAGCAUGGUCCGAGGAGCUGAUUUCCCAGCUGGCUUCUGACAUCGAGAGGGCAGCUGGCCAGGCUGUGGCACGCUCUGGGCAGUUCCACCUGGCCCUCUCGGGAGGCUCAAGCCCGGUGGUCCUGUUCCAGCGGCUGGCAAGGCACCAUUACGCCUUCCCAUGGAGGCACACCCACGUCUGGCUGGUGGAUGAACGCUGUGUCCCGCUCACCGAUCCUGAGUCCAACUUCUUCAGUUUGCACAACCACCUCCUCCAGAGCGUCAGGGUGCCCUACUUCAAUGUCCACCCCAUGCCCGUGCAUCUGAACCAGCGGCUCUGUGUGGAAGAGGACAGAGGUACGGAGCUGUAUGCCAAGGAGAUCACAGCCCUGGUGGCCAACACCAGCUUUGACCUGGUGCUGCUGGGGAUGGGCACUGACGGGCACACUGCCUCACUCUUCCCCCACUCUGAAAAUGGCUUGGAAGGGGCCCGGAUUGUGGUACUAACGGAAAGCCCUGUCAAACCUCACCAGAGAAUGAGCGUCAGCCUACCCCUCAUCAACAAGGCCAGGCAGGUGUUUGUCCUGGUUUUGGGGAAGGGCAAGCACGACAUCACCAGCCUGAUCAGCAGAGUGGGCCAUGAGCCAAGUAAAUGGCCUAUCUCAGGUGUCAGACCCAGCUCUGGCCGGCUGGUGUGGUAUGUGGAUUAUGAAGCUCUGCUUGGGUGAAGGCUUGCUGGUGUCCCUCCUCCCUUGUCUGCCUGGCUCUCAGAGCCUGCAUUUUCCAGCACAGCAUCCCUGUUCCUCUGUGGCCAGCAGCAGCUCUGUCUCUGACAGACUCUUCUAACCUGGGAAAUCCAGGGCUUGCGGUGCCGCUGACAUUUGAGCCCAGAAAGGAGCUCAGCUCAGUGUUCAGAGCCAAAAAGGAGCCAAGAGCUCAGUGCGGCAUUUCUAGCUCUGCUAGUGACUCUGACUGUGACUUUGGACAAAUUACCUCACCUUGAAGUGCCUCAGUUUCCCUGUCACGGCUUUGCGGUUCUAACCUUGAGCUACCUCGCAGGCACAAUGGGAGACUUGUUAAAUUAAGUGCCUUUUUUUUUUUUUUUAACAAUUCUCAGGUUAGAAGACAGUAACAAUACUGUCCAUCUUCUGAUCUGCUCAGUCUGCCUGGGGCUGAGUCGUUCCCACAGUAAAAUCACAGUUCUGCACACCCGGGUCCGUAGUCCUGUCUGUGCAACCCACCUUGGUGUCAGCCAGCCACUGACCACGGCUGUGCCCUCCUGGAAGCAUAGACACCCGCUCACUUUGGUCGCGUGUGGCCCCUAAAUACUGGCAACGAUUUGUGAGCUCACUGCAGUCCUGAGUCUUUAUAAAUUGCCCAGCAGCAGAGGCUAGGUCUAUCAGCAGUAAUUUGCUGCUUUCCUUAAGUGGAUAGCUGGUACCAUGGGGGAUGGAGAGGGAAACCACAUUGCUUUCUAGGCUCUUAGAAUAAUGGCAACAGCGCGAGCAGUAUGGCAGUUCACAGAGCUGUCAUUUGCCUCAGCACAAUAAUUACUGAGGAAAAAUCUUGGUGUUUGGAGGAGUUGUUGGCUUUAGCUAGCAGCGGAAUAGCGUUCUCCUUAACCGUCAUCCUGUCUCUCGUUCUCUGAACCAUUUUUUCUCUGUACUCAGAACUGAAUCUUCCAGUGUCAUUUAGCGGCUUACAAAAUUUCUACGGGAGGCAGCUUAAUAACAUAUCCAUGUAUCCCUCAUUACAACACACAUUAAGGUAGUUAUGGUGUUUGGGGAUGGUGGUGAUGGAAUUUGAGCUCGAGGACACUGUCUUUCUCUUCCCUACAUGUCCCUGGGGCACACAGAACGAGUGAGUUGCAUCGUGGUGUAGAUAGGGCAACGUAAGAGGUUUUGAAAUGUAUAGUGCUCACGGGAAGGAGGUUUGGAGACAGCCAGUCCUACUGAGACACCCCGCUCUCCUCUUGCGAAUUUUUACGUUCCGCAGGAUGCUGUCACGCGUUGGGUGUCUGUGUGCUUUCAUGACAUUCCCAAAUGCUCUGUGACCUUCUCUAGUAGGUAGUUUAGCACAGCGUGCCAGGGUGCUGCUUUUAGUAAGGAAAUCAAGACAGUACAGAUCGGGAGAAUCUGGGCUGUAGAUCCAUGUGGAGGCUAAA